AACUAAACAAUACCACAGUCUCCGUCCAUAGCGCGAGUGACAGGCGGAGAGAGCGAGGGAUAUGGCGUGGUACGCUGCCAGGUCCUUCCACGUGCCGGCUAUGGAAAUCGGUGCAUUGCGGAGCCGGGCUUCCUUGGCUGCUGGCAUCGGCUUUGUCUCGGUGGCCGGGACUACCAUGUGGCGUUCUUCUGCUUCGUCGUUUACCAAGCGCUCUGUGCCUUUUGCUUGUCUGGGAAUUUCCAGUGAUACUGGUCUCAAGGAAGCUGUUCAAACUGAGAAGGCUCCUGCGGCACUGGGGCCAUAUUCCCAAGCAAUCAAAGCCAACAACCUUCUGUUUGUGUCUGGCGUUCUUGGUCUUGUUCCUGAGACAGGAAAAUUUAUCUCUGGUAAUGUUGAGGAUCAAACAGAGCAGGUACUAAAAAAUAUGGGGGAAAUUCUAAAAGCUGGUGGAGCCAGCUAUUCAUCAGUUGUCAAGACUACAAUUUUGUUGGCCGACCUGAAGGACUUCAAGAAAGUAAAUGAGAUAUAUGCUAAAUACUUUGUCUCACCUGCCCCGGCUCGUGCAACAUAUCAAGUAGCUGCUUUGCCUUUAGAUGCGAAGAUUGAAAUUGAGUGCAUAGCAGCAUUGUAGACACGUUUUAAGACCGUAUCUAGCCCCAACCCAUCAAGAAUGAUAAUAACGCAGAACGGGAUAUAUCUAAGAAUUGCAGUUUUAUUCAAAACUGACUGUAAUUGGUAUUUCAGAUUACCUCGAAGACUGGCUGUCCUUUGAAAGUGAAUGAGAAUCAGGUCCCAAAAAAAAAAAAAAAGGAAAAAAUCUCUUAUCGUGGAUGAUUUGAUUGGAACCAAAUUCAAGUUUAAAGUUCACGGUGCCACGCAA